CCCUAAAGAUUCACAUAACUGCCUAUAUUCUGCCUAUAUGAAUCACAACAUUGGGGUUAUGGUUUCGCAAGUUAUUUUCCCCUUAAAAAUCUACGAGCAAUUCGAAACAAGAGACCUGAAGUUCUUUAUUUUUCUAUGUUUCCUUAUGUUACUGUGAUGUUAAAAAAAAUCGGUGUAACUCGUAAAUUAAUGAGAAUAAAAAUUUCACAACAUUAAUUAUUGAUGCUCGUUUUCUCCAGCAUCUAAAAAAAGUCGCUGGGUAAAAAGAACACCCACGGAACGAAGUCAGUGGCGUCAUCUUGCGGUUUAUAUAUUGUGUGCGUUACGGUCGCAAAGCAUAUCGUUUAUCGCAUGUACAUUUUUGACAAAUGUAAAAACCAUAUUAAUAAAAGCGUCAGCUGUAUAUCGAUUGAGAUAUAAAAGAAAGAAAAAAAGGAAAGGAAAUAAGAAAGGUAUCAGAAUGGGUUCGCCCUGUAAUUGGCAAAUAACGAAACAAGGAAUAGCAGCAAGAGGACAAUAUGUGUUGGAAAGUGGACAAUGGAGCGAUUGUCAAUUUUUAGUAGGAGUACCUCCAAACCAGGAGAUUGUGGGAGCCCACAAGCUCAUUUUGGCUAUGUCAAGUCCAGUGUUUGAAACAAUGUUUUUUGGGAGUAUGCCAGAAGGGAACAAUCCGAUUGGGAUACCAGAAGUUCAAGCGGAAGCUUUCAAAGCAUUGCUCAAAUUUAUUUAUACCGAUGAAUUGGUGCUGAACCAAUUUGAAAUAGCUCCGGAUCUUUAUUAUUGUGCAAAAAAAUACAUGCUGCCAGAGCUGGCUGCAAAAUGCAAAAUUUACAUUCAAUCUAAUUUGUCGUAUGAGAGAGUCUGCAAAAUAUAUGAAUUCGCAGAGUUCUUCGAAGAAUUAGAACUCAAAGAACAAUGCGUCAAAUUAAUACUCAUUGAAACAAAGAAGAUACUGACAGACACAAACUGGGCAGACACCCAAGGGACCACUGUUUCUUUCAUUUUCCAACAAAAUAUUCUUGCCAUUGACUCUGAAAUUGAGCUUUAUAACGCUCUUCUCACAUGGGCCAAAGCCGAAUGCGAAAGAAAAUCCAUACCGGUUGAUCAGAAAUCUUUGAGAUCCGUUAGCGCCGAUCUUCUCACUAAAAUUAGAUUUCUCACUCUCACUCCCAAACAAUUCGCCGAUGGACCAGGAAAAGCUGAGCUCCUUGACAAGGAUGAAGCCUUUGCCAUCAUCAUGAAUAUCUCCUCUGUUAACAGUGGCAUUCUCAUGCCUCAGGGCUUCUCUGUUGAAAAAAAUCAACGAUCCCAUCUUUCGCCGGAAUCACAGAUGGUUCGCCCAAGAUUAUGCGGUUCGAUACAAAAAGGAGAGGAACUAUAUUGCAACAGAAACAUUUCACCCAAUUCCAUUUGUCAGAACGGUGACAUUCUUGAUUGUUCUAUGGCCUUCAAAGUUGACACUUGUAUCAAAAUGCUCGGUGUACUCGUAUCCACGCAACUACGUUCCGGCUUGUUGGCAGGAAAUACUUACAACGAAGUUUUGUACGCUUAUCUCCUCGAUUACGUUGGAACGAGAGUCACUGACACACAUUUUAGUGCCGAAGCAACGUGCGAGAGCACUGCAAAAAUAAUAUUCAAUCGUCCUGCAGACAUCCUUAGAAACAAGGAAUACCGGAUCGAGGUAGUUUUCAACAAACCUGGAACAUAUCCAGUGGGAAAAGGAGAUCACUCUGUGAGAUGCGACGGUGUAAAUUUUUCAUUUCGGCUUGGCCGGAGUUUGCAGAGUGUUCGAGACAGUUUAAUACGAGGAAUUAUUUUCAAGAAGUGAACGAAUUUCUCCAUCGAGGUAAAUUCAACGUUUGGAGAAAAUAACACGACUACAUGUACAAAUUUUCAUCUUAAUUCAUAUUAAAAAAAAAACAUAAUUCUAUUCAUUCAAUGAAAAUAUGUUUAUUAUUUUCUAAUAAUUAAGGACGGAUCAUUGGAAAAAAGCAUACUCAUCAUUAUUCUCUAUGUACAUUCAACUUUUUGUAAAAUUUGUCACAAUAAUUAGCAAUCUUACAUUAAAACAUGGAAAAAAAAUUUCCUGAAAUAAAAAUUUCAUCUUAAAAGUCAUGGUAUGUACGCUAUUAUCUAAAUUGUUAAUAAUAAUAAAAAUUAUGUAUAAAUGAA